CUAAUAAACUUUUAAGUAUUUGAAUGCUAAAAAUCAAAAAAGUUAAAUUGUGUGACCUGUGCAAUCUACGGGUUGGAGCACGGCGCUGUUACAUAAGUCAUGGGAAUCUGCUUUGAGUCCCGAGGGCCUGGGGCGAGGUGGACGUUGAGGUCCCAGGGUUUCCUGGGCGCCGGCUGCGUGCAAGACACUGUGCGAGGCCGUGGGGAAGGGACCAGAAAGGAAAUAAGACGCGGGGCCCGAAGGAGCGCAAAGACAUCAGGAUAGACCACUGUCACAUACAAAGAAUAAGUGUUAGAUACUCUAUGUUUCCCCAUCACCCCAAGAGUCUGGGCGGAGACUGGACUACACCGUGGGAGAAUCUGCAGCGGUGUUGCUGGAACAGACAUAUUUCUAGUUGCAUGAGGUGGCCAGGACACUAUUCUCGUGCCCCCUACCCAUACUUCAGUAGCAGGUAUUUCGCACUGAAGUGGAGGCCACCUUAUUUGUUUGCGUCUAGAACUCAGUUUCCGUACUAUACCUGGAGACCUGACCACCUGAACCAGACAUCCCUGAUUCAUCUGUCUAGUUACGUCAUGAACACAGAGGGAGAUGAGCCUUCGUCAAAGCGAAGAAAGCACCAAGGCAUGAUAAAAAGGAAAUGGGAAUAUGUAUGUAACCAUAAUAAAGAAAAUGCCAAGAUCCAGGGAGAUGAAAAUGUUGAUCCCACAUGUGAAGACAGUGAGGACAAGUUUGACUUCUCAGUGAUGUCCUAUAACAUACUUUCACAAGAUUUAUUGGAAGAUAAUUCACACCUUUACAGACACUGCCGACGGCCAGUACUACACUGGAGUUUCAGGUUUCCCAAUAUUCUGAAAGAAAUUAAACACUUUGAUGCGGAUGUACUUUGCCUACAAGAAGUUCAAGAAGAUCAUUAUGGAAAAGAAAUCAGGCCAAGCUUGGAAUCACUGGGUUACCACUGUGAGUAUAAGAUGCGCACAGGAAGGAAGCCUGACGGCUGUGCCAUCUGCUUUAAACAUUCCAAGUUCUCACUCCUGUCAGUGAACCCCGUGGAGUUCUACCGCCGCGACAUCCCUCUGUUGGACAGAGACAACAUUGGAUUAGUUUUACUCUUACAACCCAAAACAGCCUGCGCCACCUCUCCUGCGAUCUGCGUGGCGAAUACGCACCUGUUGUACAACCCGAGGCGAGGCGAUAUCAAGCUGACCCAGCUGGCCAUGCUGCUGGCCGAGAUCUCCAGUGUUGCUCACCAGAAAGACGGCAGUUUCUGUCCCAUUGUUAUGUGUGGUGACUUUAACUCUGUUCCCGGCUCCCCACUCUAUAGUUUCAUAAAGGAAGGAAGGUUGAAUUAUGAAGGACUGGCUAUCGGAAAGGUAUCUGGCCAAGAACAGUCUUCACGGGGACAAAGAAUUUUAUCUAUUCCUAUUUGGCCCCCAAACCUAGGUAUCUCCCAGAACUGUGUGUAUGAGGCACAGCAGGGCCCAAAGGUAGCCGAGUCAGAUGGUGGCUUAACACAGACACAGCUGGAGAACACAGAGGUCCUCGUAACAGCUGAAAAGUUACCCUCAAGUUUACAGCACCAUUUCAGCUUGUCGUCUGUUUACUCACAUUACUUUCCUGACACUGGGAUUCCAGAAGUGACCACCUGUCACUCCCGAAGUGCCAUAACUGUGGAUUAUAUUUUCUACUCUGCAGAAAAGGAAGGCGUUGCUGGGCACCCAGGAGCUGAAGUUGCUUCAGCUGGUGGCUUGAAACUUCUAGCGAGGCUGUCGCUUCUCACAGAACAAGACUUGUGGGCUGUGAACGGGCUUCCCAAUGAAAACAGCCCUUCGGACCACCUGCCUCUGCUGGCUAAGUUCAGACUUGAGCUUUGACUCCUGUUAUGUACAUAACUUAUGUUCCAACUUACGUCCUUUUCCAGCACAUGGAAAGCUGCUGAAUGUUUGAACGUUGUUUAUUUUUGUGCUAUGGCAUAACAGGUACAAGAAACAAGUUUAUAAUCCUUUUCUUUUUUAAUAAUGAAAAAUAUUUUCCUGAUAAGACCUAAAUACUCUUUAUUGUAAAAGAGGUAUAAAUAUUUUUUUAUUCUAAUUCUAGUAAAAUUGACAGUGGUUUUUAAAUGUAGCAUACCUUCUUUAGUCUGCACAAUGAAGAAUUCCGAUCCCUGUGCUGGGCAAGCUUUGCAGUGGAUGCAGACCGUCUGUCUGGCUUCUUGAAAACCACAGGUUGGUUCCUUUCUGCGAGGCCUGGUUUCUUUGGGGAAGCCCUUGAGUCCUAAUUAGUUCGCCUGAGAAAUCACUUAGUCAUUCUCCAGUGUCUAGCCAUGCCUGUUGCCCAGGGAGUGGCACUGCUUUUCCAGUGAGGCAGCAGGGAAGUGUGCUGUGCUGAACUUGCUGAGGGACAAAUCCUUUCCAGGAGCACACACUUCCCGUAGGCAGUGAGGGGUUGGCCUCACCGCAGUAGAGAUCGGGGAGCUGGGCUGUUGCCCUAGCAUUUUUUUUUCUCUUUUUAAAAUCAGUUGCGGGGCUGGGGAUUUAGCUCAGCGGCAUAAGCACCUGCCUUUAAAGCAGGUGGUUGUGAGUUCGAUCCCCGGUACCGAUAAAAAUGAAAAAGACAAAAAAAAAAAAAAAAAAAAUCAGUUGCAAGAAUUACUUCCUGGGUUAAGGGCGACAUUUAUUUUACUAUUGACUUUAUUAAGAAAAUUGUUAUUGGAACAAAGUGGCAGCUAUGAGAUCAUUUUGGGUAUAGCUCAGGAACUCGAGGAAGCUGUGGAACUUUAUUGGGGAGGCGCUGACCUGCAAGCCUGCCGCUCUUCUUGCAGGAGUUAUCAGAACUGUUGAAGGCUUUUCCUUUGUUUCUUGGAUGUUUUGUUGUGUUUCACAGUGAUACACCGUGCAAGGUGGUGCUAACACUUUUUAUGAGCUGGUUGGUUAUGAGCAGUUUUCAUAAAGCCUGCAAUGGACUCUAGAUAAAUGUUUGAAUAAAAAUUUUGGAAACAAAGUAAGUGAAAAUGUCCUUUUUUUAAAUACUAGGUUCAGGCAUUUUUAUUAAGUAGACACUUCACUGAACUAUGAACAUUUUUACAGUGCGUUUUAUUAAGAAAAUGUUUUAUUUUAACUUGGACUUUAAAAUUUUUGUACCAAAUCACUUGCAACAAUUAUUUUUAAAAAUUAGAUCAGACAAAAGAAGGCAUGCAGUUUAUAAAGAUUUAUCUAGUAAGAGUUGUGAUGAACAAGUACUUUUAAAUGUUUGAUUUCUCUCUUUAGUUUUUAUUUAUAGGAUUAAGUACAUAUAGUUCCCAGAUUUUCCAGUUUUUAAUAGUUUGUGGAAUAUCAUGUGUCUUGCAGAUAUAGUCAUCAAUUUGUAAUAAUACAAUAUCCCUUUUUAGUAUUGGGGAAAGAAAAAAAAAAUCCACUUAUUACUUCUUUGAAUUAAGUGAAUUUGUUAGCAAAUAACUAUUAUGUAUAGUUCAUUGUUAGCAAACUAACAUCCCUGAAGACCUCUGACAAAAUUACUUUAUACCUACUGAAUAUAUUGUCAGUUUAGGCUUGUUUCAUGUUCUGGACGUGGUAAGAAUCCAUAAAAUUGAUUGCAUUCUGCUUCAGUUCAUCAGUGGAGUGUGGCUGUGGCCCUGCAGCCAGCAGACUGGUGUUACCUCCUUGCAAGUUUCUGCAGCUCCACAGAGAGUGAUUAUUUAAGUUACCUGUUUAUCUUUACUUUUUUGAACAUAAAUUGCUAACUCUGCUGGAGCCUCAUUUUUAUCUGCCAGAACCAAAUCCUAUUAAUUGCAGAAACAAAAUUUCUUGGUCUUACAUGUUUUACAAUCGAAGCUCCAGAUGCAAGCAGGAAUCAUAAUAAGAUGUUGGUUUCACUAUGCCUUUGCAUAGCAAGAUAAUACGCAUGUUUGAUUUUUUUUUUUUUAACUUAGCCACUAUCUUGAAUUCAAGGACUUGGGGAAACAGGAGCAUGAUGUCAUUUGCACUUUGUAUCUGUGAAUUAUGUAAAUAAAUUAUUGUACUCAUA